AUGGCUUCGGACCUCGAUCAGCUCAUUGACAUGGGCUUCGACAAAGAACGCGUAGAGCUAGCUAUUUCCAAAACCGGUGGUCUGCAUGGCGCUCUGGAAUGGCUCGAGACAAACCAGGACAAAUCACUGGAGGAGAUUAAAGCGGCAGGAUCACAGGAAGCAGAGGAGGACGAAGGCCCUGCGCUGCAACCAGGCGAGGAGGCCCGUAGCUUGGUCUGCAACGACUGCGGCAAGAAGUUCCGAAGCCAUGCGCAGGCCGAGUUCCACGCAUCCAAGUCUGAGCAUGUGGACUUUUCCGAGUCGACCGAAGAUAUCGCGCCAUUGACAGAGGAGCAGAAAAAGCAGCGACUGGAUGAGUUGAGGGAGCGACUGGCAGAGAAACGGUCAGCACAAACAAUGCAGGAUAAGGCAGACCAAAAGCGAAAUGAAGAAAUCCGGAGAAAGAGUACCAAAGAAAGUCAGGACGCAAAGGAGGACCUGAAGCGGAAACAAGCAUUGAAAGAUGCGGCUGCAAACAAGAGAGAGAAGGCGGAGGAGCUUGAAGCUAAAAAGCGCAUCAGGGCUAAGAUCGCGGCGGACAAGGAGGAACGACGAUUGAAGGCUGAGCGUGAGCGUGCUGAGCGUGCGGGUGUGGCACCGCCUCCCCAGCCCGCUGCUGCCCCAGUGCCUACAGCGUCCGGUCCAACUACGUCGAAGCCUGCAUCUGCUUAUACCGAGACUCGUCUGCGCUUCCAGACCCCCAGUGGAAACAUUAUGAAGACACUUCCUGUCAGCACCACUUUGUUCGAGGUCGUUGCGGCCUUGAAAACGGAGGAUGGCAUUGAAGUUGAGAGCUUCACCCAGAACUUCCCUCGGAAGGUUUUCAAUGCCGAGUUUUUCGGGGAGACAUUGAAAGAACUAGGACUUACACCAAGUGCGAGCUUGGUUAUCCAAUAA